AUGGAAGACCUGGAGAACGAGAUUCAAGUCUUCAAACGCCUGGGCUGUCAUAAGGGGAUUAUUCACUGCUACAAAACAUCUCAAUAUGGUAUCGAGCUGGCCCGAGCACAGGAAGACCUUGAAAGCUAUCUAGGAAACAGCCCUGAACCCGAGGACUCGUUGAAAGUCAACUGGAUGUCGAGCGUUGUUGACACUCUCUCCCACGUCCAUUCACGCAAAGUGUUUGUGGAUGACAUCGCUCUCCGCAACAUUUUAAUACUGGAUGGGCAGGUCCAACUUGCAGAUUUCGGACAGUCUGUUCUGCUACCUCUUGACACCGACGUUGCUUCCGCGGAUGACAAGGGCUUGAAUGUGCAGGUUGAGAUACUCCAUCUUGGCUGGGUGCUCUACUCCAUUGCAUCUUGGAAGGUUUACAAGUACUACUUUUUCGACGACGGUCUCGGCUGGCCUGAACUGGACUCAUUCCCACAUACUGACGACGUUCUAUGUGGAGGGAUAAUCGCAAAGUGUUGGCGUGGUGAAUAUACGAGUGUGGAUCAUGUAAAGGAGGAAGUCCACUCCUUAUUGGCCAGUCAAGGAAAGCUUAGUAAGAGAUGA